AAUUCAUACAUAAAACAGAACCGAAUCAAUCAUUUUUUUUUUCUUCUUCUUAUCAAUCAUUCACAGAAGCAAAGAGAGAAGAGAAGAGAAGAAACAAAUAUGGCAGAUGAACAUAAAGCAUUUGGUUGGGCGGCCAAGGACGAAUCAGGCUUCCUCUCUCCAUUUCAUUUCUCUAGAAGAGAAAAUGGUGAGGACGACGUAACAGUGAAGAUCUUGUUCUGUGGUGUUUGCCACUCCGAUCUCCAUACCAUCAAGAACCACUGGGGAUUCUCCCGUUACCCUAUUGUUCCCGGGCAUGAAAUCGUUGGGAUCGCAACAAAAGUUGGUAAGAACGUGACAAAGUUCAAAGAAGGAGACCGAGUUGGAGUAGGUGUAAUAAUCAGUUCAUGCCAAUCAUGUGAUUCAUGUAACCAAGACUUAGAAAACUACUGUUCUAAAAUGGUUUUCACAUACAACUCUCGUUCCUCUGACGGAACAAGAAACCAAGGAGGUUACUCCGACGUGAUUGUCGUCGAUCACCGCUUUGUGCUACGCUUUCCCGAUGGUUUACCAAGCGAUGCAGGCGCGCCGCUGCUCUGUGCUGGGAUCACUGUGUAUAGUCCAAUGAAGUAUUAUGGUAUGGCUGAAGAGUCAGGGAAACAUUUAGGUGUGAGUGGACUUGGUGGACUUGGUCAUCUCGCUGUGAAGAUUGGUAAAGCCUUUGGUUUAAGAGUUACUGUGAUUAGUAGGUCACCGGAGAAAGAGAGAGAAGCAAUUGAUCGACUCGGUGCUGAUUCGUUUCUCGUCACAACGGAUUCUCAAAAGAUGAAGGAUGCUGUUGGAACUAUGGAUUUUAUCAUCGAUACUGUGUCGGCAGAACAUUCUCUGUUACCGUUGUUUGGUUUGCUUAAUGUGAAUGGAAAGCUUGUGAUUCUAGGCUUUCCAGAGAAGCCACUCGAGCUACCAAUCUUCCCUCUAGUUAGCGGAAGGAAAAUGGUGGGAGGAAGUCAGAUUGGAGGGAUGAAGGAGACGCAAGAGAUGCUUGAGUUCUGUGCUAAGCAUAAUAUAGUUUCGGAUAUUGAGCUCAUAAAGAUGGAUGAUAUCAACUCUGCAAUGGAACGCUUGGCUAGAUCUGAUGUCAGGUAUCGAUUCGUGAUCGAUGUGGCCAACUCCUUGAAUCCAGCUUGAUACAUAAGCUGAUACUGAAAGGAACAUGCGACCAUUGGCAUGGAGUCAAUAUCAUGUUUUCUUAAGACUUUUAUUUGGAUUUUAUUAAGAAUCUGCUACUUGCUUCACAAGUUACUUGUUUAAGAAACUUUCUCUGUUCUUACUAUGCUCUGUUUCUUGACAAACCUUGUUUUGUUCUAAAAUAUAUCAGUUUGAUGGUUCUUUGUC